AUGGCACUUCAUUCACUUCGUCUCCGCCGCAUUUUAUCCGCUCUUUCCGCCUUCCACCACUAUACGGCAGUAUCUGGUCAAACCAGCCGCUCUAUUUUCUCUCCUUCUGUUCCGUUACUGUCUAAAUCUCUGCCUAUGAUCUCACCACAUUGGCCGCUGAUAUCGUCGUCAAUGGCUUCAUAUUCCCAGUCAUCAUUUGGGAGCAACAACAAAAUUGACAAGGUGGGGUCCGAUACAUUAGUAUUGGAGGGCGCCGAUUACCACCACUGGCUCAUCAUCAUGGAAUUUCCUAAGGACCCAAAACCCACUCCUGAGGAGAUGGUUCGUACCUACGAAGAAACCUGUGCGAAAGGCCUAAAUAUAAGUUUGGAAGAAGCAAAACAGAAGAUGUAUGCUUGUAGUACUACAACGUACAAGGGGUUUCAAGCUGUGAUGACAAAAGAAGAAUCAGGGAAAUUUCGUGGUUUACCUGGUGUUGUGUUUAUAUUGCCUGAUUCCUACAUCGAUCUUGUAAACAAGGAGUAUGGAGGAGACAAAUAUAUAAAUGGAGUCAUUAUACCAAGAAGACCACCCAUUCAAUCUGAUCAACCAAGAUACGAGAGGGUACCUAGAUCAACAUCGAAUAGGCAAGGUCAUCCAUCCUUCAAUCAACAGGGUUCAACGCAAGGAGAUGGACGCCAUUUCAUAGCUUCACAAAACUAUUCGCCACAAGGUCCAUCCCAAAAUCACGGUCCCCCAGGGCCUAGAGAAAGGAGAGAUCCUUCACCUAUGAAUAGCAAUGCUCGUGAAGGAAGAGGUCCAAUGCCUUUCCAUCAAAGGUCCAUUGGCUUCCCAUCAAGGAAACUACCAUUAAAGGGGGCAGGUAAACAAUUAGGGAGUAUUUGGGGAGUUGGAAUGUAA